UAAAAGUCUAGUGACGAUAGCCUUUCCAUAGCUUUCUAAAUUUUGAAAGAACGUGCGAAAUUAAUAAAAGUAAAAUGAAUCUUAACAUUUUAGAUUUACCUGCUGAAAUUUUAGUUUUAAUUUGCGAACAAAUUAUAAUAUUUAAUGAUAGGAAAAACUUUGCCAGAGCUCAUCCAAAAUUAUGGAAAUCAUUUAUUUAUCACAAUCGUAAAGAAGCUCAAAGUGAAAUUUUGUUUUGGAAGCGAAAAAGAUUAUAAGUAUGUCAAACAUUGGGAUUUUAUUUUGGAAUGGUGGGGCUCAAAUCUCACAUCAAUCGACAAUAGCGAUGGUUUUCUUGACUCGGGAGAAUUGGUGGAGACUGCUUCAAGAUUCUGUCCCGAUUUGGAGCAAAUUGCUGUUGGGUUCAGGGGAGCCAAUAUUAAGAAACUUGAAGAAAAUUUGUCAAAACUAAGAAUGAUCAAGGAUAUAAAAAUGCAUGCACAUUUGAAUAUCAAGCAUAAUAAUUCUAGCCUGAUUAAAUCAUUGCAAAAUCUAACAAAUCUACGCUCUCUGCACUUAUAUUUUUGGUCUUUAAAUAAGAAUGAAAGAGUGCAAUUGAACAAAUUGAUUCAAUUGGAGGAACUCAGGAUUGAAGCUAUUGACACCGAUGAAAUUACCGAUAUCUUGCCAUUACUUGGACAUUUACGUGUGUUAACAAUAUGUCAUCUUGAUACAACUACGCUAAAUUAUUUGGCUAAACAUUGUACACAGUUGGAGAAGUUAUCCAUGAUCGAAUUGACACCAAGCAAUUAUAGUAAUAUACAAAUAUUUCCAUAUUUUUCAAAACUUUUACGCCUUAACAUAGAUGUAUGGUCGGAAAUUUACGUAAAUAGUUUUGGUUCCUACUUGAGCAACCGAUACAAAAACCAGCUAAAAGGUCUUCACAUACACUUUUUAACUCUGGACUCUGAGGAAAUUUCACAUAUUGCUGAAUUUCAAGCACUCAAGCAACUUUCCUUCAGAGAAAUUUUACCAAAUGCUUUUGAUCAACUUGUCAAAAUGCCAUUAGAAAAAAUUGAGUCGAGAACAUUGACACAAUUCGAUAUUUUGCGAUUGGUGAAAGAAUGUUCUUCACUAAAGGAAUUAACUUGUCGCUGUGAUGACAUCGAUGAGGAAUUUAUUCCUGUACUACUGGAUAAAUUGGAGAAGAAGGGCACUCAACCUGAUCUGCCGUUCAAACUCACUAUCAUUUGCUAUAUAAUAUUCAAAACGGAUUUAAUAAAUCAACUUGCAGUCCAUCCGAAGUCAAACCUCUUAAAUUUGUGUUAAGGCUAAACUAGUUUUUCAUGGAUUAUAUAUUUUUAUUAGUGUAUGAUGAAUUACAUGGAUUAUAAAACUAUGAAAUAAUAAAUAAUAACAGUCUUUAAUAU